AUGGCCGCGCUUGAGUCUUUAAACUUUGAUGCCGAAACGGCCGUCCAUUACAUUCACUGUGUGAUUUCUGAUGUCCCGAUGAAUCUGGCGUUGUCAGAGUUGGCGCCAAUGGUGGUGCCAAGACCAGAGAGCGACACGGUGAAGGAGCUGGAGGCCGUGGGGUGUCGUAUUGUUCCGCACCAAAUUCAAAUGUUUAAAGAACGACUCGAACGAAAGUUUGGGUUUGUUACUUUUUUUAUCCAUGAAACUUCGCGAGCUGCAAGUGAUGAGGAGUUGCAUAAACUAGCACUCAGGUGGGUCCAUCGGGACCUUACACCUCAAUUGGGGUCUGUCAAGGCGUGCGUUGCGUUAGGGCAGCCACCUGAGUGUUACUCGUCGGUUCCGUUUCUGCGAGCGCUGCGCGAAGAGUGUACGUUUUUAGAUGCCAAGAAGGUAAAGAAUGUGAAGAAGUUGGAGACGUUUUUACUGACAAAGGUUUGUUUUUAUUCUGAAGGGUUGAAUUUGGACAAAAACAACAAGGAUGAGUUAAUGGGGGCUGAAAGGAAAAAUAAUGCGGGUGAGGCAUGGAAAGUUGUUGGUUCGUUUGGGAUGUCUUCUCUCACGUGGAGCGAGUUGUUAUGGCUUGUCCGUGAGCAUAGCGGGAUGCCUCCCGUUGUAGUCUCAAAGGGGAAUGUUGACAUUUCAAAAUGCGACAAGGAGGCACUUCGUACCUUUUUGGAGGAAACGCUUCUUCCGCUCAUAAGAGUUGUUGCGUAG